AGAGAGAGAGAGAUAUGAUUUCUCUAUGGUCCAUUUUAUUCCUUCAUUUCAUCUUAUUAUUACCACUAUUUGUCAAUAUUGCAGAAGGUGCAUUGACAUUCAACGUGAUCAAAUUCGGCGCAAAGCCGGACGGAACGACCGAUUCGACUCGGCCUUUCCUUAGUGCUUGGGCAUCCGCGUGCGCCUCGACGGUGUCUUCGUCGAUUUACGUGCCGAAAGGGCGUUACUUGAUUAGGUUCACAGAGUUCAGAGGUCCAUGUAAGAGUGCGAUUAGGGUUCAAAUAGACGGCACCCUUGUAGCUCCAAUUGACUAUAAUGCCCUUGGCAACUCCGGCUAUUGGAUACUGUUUAUUCAAGUGAACCGGCUUAGUGUGGUUGGAGGAUCUAUUGACGCUAAGGGGGCCGGUUUAUGGGCAUGCAAGAAGUCCGGCCAGAAUUGCCCGGUCGGAGCAAGGUCUAUAACAUUUAAUUGGGUUAACGACGGUGAAAUUAGCGGGUUAACCUCGAUUAAUAGCCAGCUAAUGCACAUUGUGAUUAAUAGCUGCAAGAAUGUGAAGGUGAGUAAUGUGAGGAUCAUAGCUCCAGACCUAAGCCCUAAUACGGAUGGGAUUCAUGUUCGAUCUUCGAUUGGGGUUACUAUCACUAAUAGCAACAUUAAAACAGGCGAUGACUGUAUUUCAAUCGGGCCCGGGACUAGAAAUUUGUGGAUGGAGAAAAUACUAUGUGGCCCGGGACAUGGUGUCAGCAUAGGGAGUUUGGGUCGAGAUUUUAACGAAAACGGAGUCGAAAAUGUGACAUUGGUAAACUCGAUUUUUACCGGGUCGGACAAUGGGCUUCGGAUAAAAACAUGGGCCCGGCCCAGUAACGGGUUUGUCCGAAACAUUAGUUAUCGAAACAUCGUUAUGAAGAAUGUGGAGAACCCAAUUAUUAUAGACCAAAACUACUGCCCCAACAACAUUGGUUGUCCUCUCCAGGGUUCUGGAAUAAAGAUAAGCCAAGUGACAUACCAAAAUAUCCAAGGAACAUCAGCAACACAAGUUGCUAUGGCUUUUGAUUGUAGCCAUACUAAUCCAUGUGCAGGCAUCAAAUUAAAGGAUAUUAAACUUACUUAUAUGAACACGAAAAAGGCGCAAUCUUUCUGCAAAAACAUCGGCGGAACUUUUGGUGGUGUUAUCGUGCCCGAUAAUUGUUUGUAACAAUUCGAGAAAUUAAUUAGCGGGAAAAGAAGAAAAAAAAAUUGUGUUCAUUUUUUCCUCUCGAUAGGAUGAGGUAUGGUUAAAACGCAAUUUAAUUUACGCAGUUUAGAAGUAGUUUUCGCUUUAAUUUAGUUGAUUUCACCAAGUGAAGAUCAACUCCUAAGUGGAUGGACAUAAUAUUGUUGGAUGUAACAUUUGUAAUAUUAUUACAUUCAAUGGAGGAGUUAGUAUCUUUUGGUAAAAAGAUUUUGGAUCCAUUAUUGUACAAUCGUGUUGACAACAAAUAAAUGUGUUAUUAAUCAAGUAUAUGAAUAUUCAUUUAUCACAUACACACUAGUAGAAAAAUAUUUCUUUUUUACCACGGAUCUUUU